GCCCCGAUUGAAAACGCUUACACCCCAUCUAUUAAUGAGUGUUUGAUUCAUUCUUCUCUGAUAUUACAUUUGUAUCAGCAAUACUUGGGCUAUCCUUACUAUGCCGAGGCCGCUGUGAGGUGUUCCGAGCGACUCGGUAGCUCGGUAGCGGGUCGGGUGCAGAGUUUCGGAUGAAAUGCAUAAGACUGCGCCAUCUAGCGAGCUGGACACGCAUCUUACUUCAGUUUUGACUUUCAUCAACUCAAGCUGCCCUUUUGUUCGUUCACAACUUCCAGGAUGAAGUUGGCUGUUGCUUUCGUGUCUUUCACAUUCUGUCUUCUUUCUACUACCUCGGCUACUCCUGUUGAUCAGAAGUCCCGAGGUAGGAAGAUUGCUUUGAACAAGCGUCAGACGUUCUCUGGGCCUAACGGUGUUGACACCGUUGCCCUUCAAAACCACUUGUCUCAUGUUACUUCUAAAAUUAAAAAAGGCCUUACAGCGUAUGCUCGUAACACCGGCCAACGUCAUGCUUUCGAGCAUGCUGUAGCAUCGCAUCGUCAUAUGAAUACAAAGAAUGACAAACAUCUCUCUGCCGAAAAGCGUUCAGCUGGUGCGAACGCAUUAAUGGAUGCCGGGAAUGCUCUUUGGUACGGUACCAUCAAAGUUGGUACUCCCCCUCAAUCCUUCAGGGUCGAUUUCGAUACCGGAAGCAGUGAUUUGUUUCUUCCCACACUCCACUGUUCAGUCAAUUGUGCUGGUCACAAAGCAUACGAUCAUACCAAAAGUUCAUCUUCGAAGAGUAGUUCAAAGACGUUCAAUCUUCAUUACGGGGAUGGAAGUCAGGUUACGGGGAUCCAGUAUGAAGAUACCAUCGAGAUUGCCGGGAUGAAGGCACAUAAUCAGACGCUUGGUGCUGCAGACUCGUACUCCUCAGGAUUCGCCAAUGAUCGAUUUGAGCCGGACGGUCUGAUGGGUAUGGCAUUCAAAAGCAUAUCUGACUACCAUGCCGAACCCGUGUUCUCUUCCCUCAUCACUCAAAAUCAGUCCGAUGAAGCAAUGUUUGCGUUCAAACUUGCUCAUGAUGAUUCAGAGCUGUAUCUUGGCGGUGUGAACAAGGCGCUAUAUAAGGGCGAUUUUACUUGGUUGUCUCUUACUGAAGAGGCUUAUUGGCAAGUACACAUGGAUGGUGUGACUCUCGAUGGUACUCUUGUCACGGACAACUCCACCUCCAAUGCCAACGUUUCCGAGGCUUCCAUACCCUCCAACCUUCCGCAUCAUUCCGCGCCUUCCGGCGCAUCGACUCUUACUUCAUCAAAGAAGAUUGCCGCAAUCGUCGACACAGGCACUACUCUGCUUGUCGGUGAUUCAAAGACCGUCGAGCGUAUAUAUUCACUCGUUCCUGGAGCUCAAUCCGCCGAACAUUAUGCUGGUCCUGGGUUCUACAGUUUCCCAUGUGAUGCUACACCCGACAUCGGACUGAUAUUCAAUGGGACUGAGUUUAAGAUAAAGAAGAGUAUAAUGAAUAUCGGAGAAGAUGCUUCUCAAUCCGACACGAAUACUGGAAACUCUUCAGCUUCCGAUGCGACUGAAACGCGAGGCAACAGUGAUGAUAAUGACGAAAGCGAGAAUAUUGGUGGUGACAACAUUCAUGCUCAUCCUAAGAGGUGUUUGGGUGGUUUGGUUGGACAUGACGGGAAUGGUAUCGAUCCGGGGUUGUGGAUCGUUGGCGAUGUCUUUUUGCGCGGAGUCUAUUCCGCCUUCGACAUUGGGAAUUCGAGGGUUGGAUUCGCAGCGUUGGCUUAGAUAAGACGACAUUAUAUCUUGAUAUAAGUAGAACUUAUACUUUCUUUCAUCUUGCCGGCGUUGAGUAUUGUCGCUGAGAUGCACGUAUGCUGUUUCCCACUACCAUCACGUAUCACGACGGCCAUGCAGGCAUUUUCUCUGCGUCAAUUCUAGACUAUCUCUCUUCUGAAAGCUAUUUCACAGUCAGGAACGUCUCGUCCGGCCAACGCACGAAAAUUCACUUAAACGGUCGCAUAGUCAAUAACCUAGGCACCUGCAU